CAUAACUGCAUAGCAUUAAAAGUGUCCCAAAAUGUUAGGAUACCACAUUAAUAGCAACCGGUACUCGGUAGCUUUACCUCUUGACUAUCGAAACUACGAGUUUGAACCCCGAGGCGAGGGAUCCGACGAACCGGACCAUGUUUACGGAACAGAACUUUCUAUAAAUACUUCCGCUGUAAGUUCACGUCAACAACCAGGGAUCUCAACUUCACAAUACCGGUCAUUUGCCAGCAGACCGGAAUUCGUAUUACCCAAUAUGCCAAAUGAGAACUUGUUCAUAAGCUCUUCGGGAAAAAGUUAUAUUCAAUACCAAAUCCCUUCUUUAAACUAUUCACAAUACUACCCCUCCCAAAAUCCAGAGUCCACGACCUACAACCACUUGGAGUCCGAAAUCCAGGCGGAGGCACGAGCGAUUCACGACCGAUACUUCGGAUCUUUUGACCGAAACGAUAGACAACGCUCGUCCGAAAGCCGAACAGGUAGCAGUCGUUCCUCGUCUAACAAUCCUCGGCCGAACAGUUACCACCAGCACAGCGGAAUGCAAAUCAUGCCUUCCAACGAAGUGAUGUCACCGGCAACUUUCCGAAGACAGUCGGCCGCAUUCCCCAACUCGAUGCCCAGUCCGGCCUUCAAUCGCGGCGCCCGAAACGCACUGACUUCAAACCCCGUUAGACCUCUAAGUGAUUACUUUUCACCGUCUAGAAAUAGUGCGUUUCAUCAACCUGCGACGAGGGUCAUCCCACAUCGGCAAUACAACUCCUCGGGGCAAAAUAGUGCAAUAGCUUCAAACACGACUGCAAGCUCUGAAGCGGAACAUAAAAGCCGAGACGAUUUGCAAAAUUACGAGCAUGAGUCCAUCAACAACAAUCUAAACACCCCAACAAGAAGUAAUUUACCUGGUGCUAGUGUAUUAGUAGGCGACUAUUGGGAACCAAAUCGGACUAAUUUCUCGGUUAAUCAGAACUCACCGGAUAGCAACUCGGCGUUUUCUGCUUACCGCGACAGAACGCCAAUUUUUAAUCAGACUCAACCUGAAUCUACGCUAACUCCGCAACGUGCUAAUCGGAGUUCGGCAUAUAGCAGCGAUUCGUUUACGCAAAGGUUCGAAAAUGGUCACUCUGCGAAUUAUCAAAAUGUAACCUACUCAAAUGAUGAACAAAAUUCGAACUACGGUCAAAGCAUUAAGUGUGACGUUUCUUUCAAGGCGUCGAAAACCAAUUCUAAUCGACGGUUCUCAAAUCCUACCGGACAAUCUAAUGGUCAAAACGAGUAUUCGGCUAAUUACCCAAACAGCAAAAAUCUUCCCGGAGGGACUUUUUUUACAUUUGAAAAUCUCGGAGAGGAACAACCUGACCUUGUCGAUGUAAUUUACAACGGAAAUCGCGCAACUAAUUAUCACCACAGUCAGAGUGCUCAAAAUACUCUUAUGCCGCCCGACUCAAGUCAGCAUCGCGAUAUGUCCAGAUCCCCUAAUCGAGGCUGGGUUAGAAGUAACUCUGAGCGUCGAAGAUACCCAAACGAUUCUAACAGCAAUCAGCCAAUUCACCAUAGCGCUGAUUUGAAUGACGUCCGGAUCCCAGAGCCCGCAACUAUUGUCCACCUUCAGAACCAGUUUUCCAACAUGAGUGCCGGUGACCGGUCAAGGUCAACUCAAAAAGUUAACAACUUCGGAGGUCAAAAUCAGCAACAAAUAUCACCGCUUGUGGAGCAUACACAUUUGUUGACUCAUCCAAAGACUUUUAGUAGUUUACCCAAGGCUAACAGAGGACCAAAGGUUAACUUCCCAAGACCUGAGAGCUACCAGGAUCAAAGAGCGGGUUCGGUUACUCCUCGGAGUAACUCGGGAAGGAGCUACGAGGAACUUCUUCAGAGCGAAAUUGAACAGUUGACUAACCAGCUGGAAAACGAGCAACAAAAUCUCGAGAGGGAGCGAAUGACUGUGGCUGAACUGCAGAAGAAUGCACUCAGUGACUCACCAGAAGACUACCGUGAGCUGAUCGAGCGUGAACUAGAGGAGGAGCGUGCGUUGCGUGAGGAGGCGGAGGAGAGAGUGGGUCAGUUGAUAGAGGAGAACGAGGCCAGCAGGUCCAGACUGCAGACACUCCACACCCAACUGGGACAGAUCAGCCAGAAGAGCAACCAACUCAUAAGCAGUCUGAGGAAACCACGCCCAGCCGGCAAAAAAAAGACUCGCAGCCAGUCUAGACAGCAAACUCUGACAGGAGGAGUGCCGCCGGGUGGUGGGGGACUAGCAGACAUGACUCACCAUUCCCAGUCUGUGGAGGAGAUGGAGGCGAAGAUGAAUGACAGGAUAGUUCAGCUGGAGCAGGAGAACAAACGGCUGAGUGAGAGCAGCAGGAGUCAGCAGCACAGCUAUGAGAAGUGUCUCAAUGAAGUGACGGAGAAAGUGCACACUGCUAUCACAGCCCAGAAGGAUUUGCAAAGUGAAUGCAAAAGGCUCAAAGAUCUGGUUCAACAACUGGAACAGGAAAACCAGAACAUAAAAGCCACUCUUGAAGAGAAAAACAAGACUUCUACACUCACCAAUCUGGACCCUGAUUCACCCACAUUGAACAAUCAGCAUCAAGAUAUGUUCGACCAAUUGGAUUCGACGAGCAAUAACCGCGAAAAUCUGAUCCGAGAUAGGUCUGCCUCAAGGUCAGACUACAGUAGUGACAGUUCUAGGAAAGCGUCCAAAAAAGAGUCGCUCCAUGAAGCGCAAUUAGAAGAAAUCCUCAAUGUUCUGGACCAAAUUGCGCCAAGUCUAGAAAAAGGAGAGGACAAGAUUAAUGAAGCGACGUACGUAGCCAGAAGUGAUGCUUCCAGUGUCAGUGUUGAUAACCAGAGACGCUCGGAGAAGCCGACUCUCGAACACUCGAACAGCUCGCACUCUAAUUCGGCCGAAAGUGGAGUCAUUCUCACUUCGGCCGAGAACAACAGUCGGAAGAUUGCAUCUGCGUUUGACAAUCGGAAAAUGGGAAACAUCCCAAGACCCAAUCAGUUGAAACCCCCUCAAAAAUUUCAGUACCAGGGGAAAUCUGAAAAAACAAACACGGAAGUUACAGAAGCUGAGAACCCUGUGUAUAUGGAUAUAGUUCAGAGCCCACAAGCUAUAAAGAAGCCUCCGCUUCAAAGUUAUCUGCAAUUAGACUCGACUUUCAGAAGCAAACAUAUACCUCAACUAAAAAUGGAAACCCCAAAAGUAAACCCAAGUUCUUUGAAACCCGAUAAAAGCUUCGGCAAUCCAAACAGCAGCUUCCAAAAUAUGAACUCAGAUUCUGGAAACGCAACUGCGAAUGCGAAUUCGAACCCGUAUUAUGAUUGGCCACCAUAUGUUACGACUGAUUCACAACCAGAGCCGAAAGAAAAAGUAAUUCGAGAGGAGCUGUAUGAGUUCCUUCCGAUGCCUCCGAGUGCCUCGACUGCUCAAGAGCAGAUCAACAGUGCGUUUAGUAUCCCAUCUCCGUCAGGAUUCGAAAACGAAGACCCCGCAAUCCCAAGACGAAGCAACUCGCUCCAGGACUCAAGUCCUCAGGGUUACAACUCUCCGAACAGCAGAAAUAAUAACAACGCCGAAUUCAAACCUCGUAUCCCUAGAAGGGCGCCAUUGACGCCUCCGGUUCAUGGUCAAAUAAACCAAUUAAAGUCAAUUCAAGCUAAUAGCCAUACAAAUAGCAGGACCUCUUUAGGGUCAAAUGGAGGUCAAAAUCAAAGUCAACAGGGUCAAAGCCAGCUUCAGCAUCAAAACCAGAUUCCAAAUAGUCCAGACCGAAGUUCAACUCUUGCAUCGCCGAGAGAGUCAAAAGCACGUCAGUCGCGCCUUCCGAUGUUUAGUAGCAAUAAAAAGCAAAGCCAACAGCAACGAUCGAUAUCAGCAAGUUCAGAGAAUACUCCAAACCAAGAACUGAAAGUUGAAAAAGAAUCUGGGAUCAAAAGCCCUUUCGGAAGACGAAGAUCUAGUUCAAGACAGAAAAAUAAGAAUUCGACGCCGCCUGCUUUGCCACCGAACCAUCCGACAAGCCCCGCGAUGUCAGCACAGCGACGAGAGUUUUCUCAAGACGAAAACCAAAAUCAGCAUCAAAAUCAAAAUCAGAAUGAAAACCAGAAUCAGAACCAGAACUCUCAAAUGAGCCAUAUGCAAAUGUCCCUAGGUGCUCAAAACCCAUUUCAGGGAAGCCCGAAUUCUCCCCAAGAUAAUGUUAACUUAAACCGAGUUUUGACACAUCACGACCCGUGGAUCCGAGAAAUUGCUCGAAAGUACGCAUCACCGCCCCAAUCUCCUUCUUUAGACAACCGAAAUGAUGUCAUGACCUUCAAUGAGCCUUCGCCUCAAGAAGAAGCUCGUUCGAGGUCUAAUACGAUAACUCAGAAACAAGAAAAUGAUAGCGAUAGUGAUCAUAAUCAGGAUAGCCAAAAGCGGACGAAAAAGAACAAGGGAUCUAAGCUUCCAAAACAAAGCUCAAUUCCAGUUAAGCGAGGACCAACUCCCGUUAAUAAAACUAAGCCAAAAACUAAACUUCAAAAAUCUAAUUCUCAAGAUGCUCCAACAAGUCAUGAAAACAAUCCUAAUAUAAAGAACAAGAAAUCAUUGAAAUUGAAAAUACCUUCUCUUUUGCGCAAGCAUACAUCGAGUGCUGCAAAGUACAAUUCGAACCCAGUGGUCACAGAUGCAUUACAAGGUGAACAAAAUCCUGUUCACGAGAACACAAACAAUCAUCAUCAUCAUCAACAUCCGGUUUUCGUCGCAGCACAGCAGGCGGCAUCUACAAGCGGCCAAAUGUCUCCAAGGAUGUUGAGGAACCACCCACCGACAAGAUACAACCAUCUGAUUGACCCCAGACAGUCUAUGCCUGUGACCUCUAUGGGGCCAAUGACCCCUGAAGCUCAAAGGAGAAACGUGAAUAUGCACCAUAACCAUUCUGCUAAUCGAACGAGUGAUGGAGGAGUUGAUGAGACGAAUGGUGGAUCCAGCACUCUUGUGGAGAACAACUCGGCAGAUCAUGCAGAUGGCCGAACAGCCACUCUGCCUAGGGAUAUACAAAAUCCUGGAGAUGUGUCGCAUGUGCCGGAUCUUCCUCUCGACCCUGAAGAAAAUCCAGGUCAUCACAAAAAUUAUCAUCCAGCAAACCCCAAUUUCAAUGAACCAAUACCAGUUGCAGUACCUACAUCGUCAAACUCACAUAUGCAUAAUUUCGGCCAAUCAAACAUCGGCUGCAAUGACUCUCAUUUCCACACGCAGUCCAAGCACUGCAAUGAAAGUCAAGUGGACCAGCAAGAGUCUUGCGAGCCGACAGAGAAAAUAACCGAGAGUAACAAAUCAGAUCCAGCAAAAAAUGAAGAUCAAGUGAUGGACAGUCGGACUGCGUAUCUAGAGCAGUGGAUUGACAACCAGCAGAUGACGACAUCUUCGGAAGACGACACGAACUAUUUGGAUUCGAGUUCGACAGCUGACUACAGGUGCAACCGACAUAUGCAGUCGGGGAGAGUACGAGUGGCGUCUGUGAAGCAGCGGACUCCUCUAGCCGACGUUGAGUUCAGCCGAUUCGGCCCACAGGAGACUGAAGCACUAGACCACUUCCACUUCCUGAGCGAGAACAGCUCCGUCUUCUCAGAUCAAGCAGGGCCACACAAUAAGUCACACAACUCAUCUUCCACUGCUAAUUCGAACCAGCAGGCGGUACCUACUAACAUGACCCAGGCCUCCCAUCCUUCCUACCAGCAGGAACCUCAUGGAGCGACAAACCAAAAUAGUACAGCUGGAAGCUACUCCAAAGAGUAUCACACUUUUACUACUGUCAACACAGGAAUAACUGGCGACGAUCUAUAUUUCAGUGACUCACUCUGCAACGAUGACAGCUCGGAUGAAGACCAUGAGCCGAAUGAUAACGAGGACGACGGAGACGGCGAUGACAGUGACGAUGACGACUACAUGGUAAUCGACCCAAAAAAUGUCCGAUUGAUGUCGGACAAUUUUUCAGAAGACACCGAGAACGAGCCCACUCCGACAGGUGUAACUCGCUCAUUCUCAAAUUGAAGCAACGAAGAUUGGAUAAAAACACAAGCAAACAAACAAUGAGGAACGAUAAUAUUUGUUUUAGUUUUUCACAUUUUAGACUAAUAAUUUUAAAUGAUAUGCAAAAUGAAAUUACGUGCAUGGCUUAUAUAA